CGGAUCAGAAGCCCUCGAAGCGAGGCGGGUUGGGGCUUCCGCGCUCGCUCUUCUGAGGGAGGUUUGGGCGCCUUUCCCCCGAGUUGAGAAACCGGCGAUUUGGGGUGGGGUGGGGGGUGGAAGCCGUAUCGCCGUGCUGGAAGCGGGUGAGGGUCGGUCUCGCCUCGCCGGCGAGUGAGGAGACAGAAUCCCGUUUCCCCUCACCAUGUUACUGCCGUCUGACGUGGCCCGUCUGGUGCUAGGUUAUUUACAACAAGAAAAGCUUUUAGCCACAUGCAGAGCAUUUAUAUUGGAAAGUUCAGAUUUAAAAGAAUAUGCAGAGCAUUGUACAGGAGAAGGCUUUGUACCUGCCUGUUUACUAUCUCUCUUUGGAAAAAACUUAAUUACCAUAUUGAAUGAGUACAUAGCCAUGAAAUCCAAAGAAACAACAAAUGACGUUCCAGCAAUGAUGUCAUCUUUAUGGAAGAAGUUAGAUUAUACACUUUCUCAAAUCAGGAGCAUGCAGAAUUCAGGUGUAUUUUCUGCUCAUCAACGGAGUCGCACCAGAAGUGCAAUUGCAGAUAUGAAAAAGCAGAAGUGCCUUCAACAAUCAGCCUCUUCUAAUUUAGGAUCAUCACUUGCAGUUUAUCAGCCAGGACAACUAACUUCCACUGCAAUGACAGCCACACAGGUUGUUCUUAAACCAGUUAUAGCUUCAAGUCUGGCUCACACAAGAUUAAAUUCUCCUUCUACACAGCAGGGCCAAAUUCAGGAAAGCCAAAUUAAUACGGGCGAUACCCUCACUUUGGUUUCUGCACUACAAGAGCAAAAGCUUAACUCAAGUGUAUUGUCUCCAGGAAAAAGAAAAAGUGACUCCCAGAAGAAAAGGAAUAACGCAUCAGGACCACAGUUGUCUAAUUGUAGCUUACAAGAGUCUCCUCUAGCAGAAAAAGAAAGCUCACCCAUGGAAGAAGAAAGUGAGCAACUAGAACUUAUUGACGGUGACCUUCCUCAAAUGAUUAUUGAAAAUGCCAGAGAAAAAAUUUUGAGCAGCAAAUGUCUUCAGGAGAAGCUAGCUGAAAAUAUUAAUAAGUUCUUGGGCAGCGAUGGCAAUAUAUCUCAGACAGCAAAACAGGUGGAAAGUGGUCCAACAAUACAAGAGUCUUCGAUUGAUGAAUUUCUUGGUCUUCAGCAGGGUGAAAUUCACAUGACAGAAGAAGCUAUCCAGGAGAUUCUGGAGCAAACAGAAUCAGAUCCAGCAUUUCAAGGACUCUUUGAUGUAUUUGAUUUUGGUAAAACGAAGAAUUGUAGAAAUGUUUCUCAGGGUAUACAGAAUGGAACAGAUAAUUCAAUGUUGGUGGAUGAAGAAAACCUAAAAGCACUUGAAAGCUAUAUUAGCACCAAGGAACUUGGUGAUAAUUCACAUGAGACUCUGUCAUAUACAGAUGAUCAUUCAAAAGAAGCAUGCAUCCUAAAGACUAGUUGCAGUGAACAUGAUUUGACUUUAGAACAGCAUCUAAAGAUGCAAACUAUAGUAUCUGGAGAAUUUUCUUCAGGCUCUGAAGUGAGAAAUCAAAGUGAAUCAGUUGAAAUGGAGACACCUGUCCAAAGAAUAGAGCCAAAAUCUACCUUUGAAUCUGAGCAAAAUCAGUUUCCUAGUACUGAGCACAAUGUAGAUUCUUACAACAAACAAGGAACAGCUACAAGGAAUUAUACAAUUGAAAAGGAUGUAUUAUGUCAAGGUGUUCAGAACUUACCUGAUUUGCCGUAUAAUCGGCUGGAUACUUCACAAACAGUUUUAUCUGAUAGAACUGAAUGUUGUUCUUUGCCAAAUCAUAUACUAUCUGAAAAAACAAAUGCAGAAGUGCUUGCUCCCUUGAAAUCUGAUGAAAGUGGAACAGUGAACAAACUUAGUGUGAAUUGCAGCCAUUCAAAAGGAAUUGCUGAAAAUUUACAUCAGGUAAUAGACCAAUCUGUAUUUCCUGUAUCUGCCCAACAAAACCGAAACAGUCCUAGUUCUUCUGAUUGUCAAGGCUCAGAUAAGUUGGAAUCAGAACCUUCUGCAACACUUGCGGUUGAAGCGUCCGGUCCAAAUGUAGUAGAGCUCCAGCUUGAAGUUGUUGGUACUUCCAAUAGUCUUAAUUUGGAUGACCCAGCUACUGACCCAGAGCCUUGCCUAAAAUACGGAAACCAGAAAUUGGAAGAUUCUGAAAUAACACAGGUAGAAAUGCAGGAACCAUCAUCUUCUACAAAAGCAGAUGCCGAUAGCUUAUUUUUAACUUCUGAUAAUGAGAGGCCUACAGAAACAACUACUGAGGCCAAUCCCACUACAUCCAGUGAAUGUCAUUCUCCACUUGCAGAUCCAGCAGGUGAAACAAGCCCAGGAAACAAAGUUGCUGGUGGUGUUUCAUCUAGUAAUCAAGGCACUGGUGUAGAUCCUUCUAAUAUUGUUUCCUUAAAAAUUAUUAUUAGCGAUGAUCCAUUCAUUUCAUCAGACACUGAACUAAACAAUGCUGUUUCCAGCAUCACAGGGGAAAAUGUACCAACUAUAAUAUUGUCUUCUCCAGCUAAAUCACCAUCCAAGAUGACAAGAACAUAUCAAUCUAUAACAGCCGAAGAGUCUGAAAGGCCUGGAGAUUCAGCUUUGAUAGAACAGAAUCUUUUGGUUCUCAGACCUCAAGAUUCUGUUGUGAGUUCCCUCAACAUACAGAAUGAAGAUUGUGCAGUAUUUUCAGUUGCUGGCACAAGUAAUGUUUCCAAGGAUGGAGAAUUUAUUCAACUGAUGCCAGCCACAAGCACGUCUUUUGGAAGCUCCAAUAGUGUUUAUAUUGCCUCCUGUAUAUCUGAGCCAGCAACAUUGAGUACUAACGUUACUCCAUCAAAUUUAGUUGUGUUUCCGAGCAAUUCAACUUCUCUUGCAUCACAGGUUCCCAUGCUACCACAGUUACGGACUCCUCCUAGGACAAACGGUUUGUUUGCCAUGAACCCACCAAUGUCUCCAAACUUUUCACAAGGGUCUGCAAUUAUAAUUGCUUCUCCGAUACAGCCUGUAUUGCAAGGAAUGGUAGGAAUGAUUCCUGUAUCUAUAAUGGGACAAAAUGGAAACGCUAUCUCAGAUCCUUCCUGUCAGAUUCUGCACAUGCCGGUCCACACUUCAUUGAGCAGUGGAGGUGUUCCUAAGCUCCCUCUUCCUCCAAAAUCUUACAGGAUACCAAGAAGUAAACCAAAUGGGGGAGGAAAGCCAGUGCUCAAUGGAUCAGAACCUGUCAAUCAUCCUGGUUCUCGAGUUCAGAGAAUUGGAAACUCAGACAAGAAUAUUUGUGCGGACUUGAAAAAGAAGCUAGAAACUGUGCAAGCUGAUACAACAAGCCCAAGUUCCAAACAAAAUGGCAGCCACAGAAGAGUGCUUUGCUUUGAUACUACCCAAGCAUCACAAAAAGAAAAGAAUGAGAAUCCUAAGUUCUGUCAAAGCUCUUCUAAUACCUUGCUUUCAUCAACAAAAACUCAACCUAGCAAGAGGGAUCGUGAAAGAACUCUGCCAAGAAUUUUAUGUAAGCCAGAUAUUAGUAGCAAAAAUUUGGCUGUCAAGGAAAGCCAACUGGAAAAAAAAUGUUCGGGUCCAGGACUAGCAUCAGAUAUAUUAAGAAAGCAGACAGCGAAUAAAGAGAAUGAAUUAGAAAGGAAUCUUGUCCCCCAAACUCAGGAGGCGGCAUCCUUAUCCAACAGCCAACAAAGUCAUCAUGAGAAGAAUUGUUCCUCAGCUCAGGAAGUAACUAAAAAACAGGGGCUUCAGCCAAAUGCCAACAAUAAAAAUGCAGGCAUUUUACCCUCCUCAAAGGAGUUUAAAAAAGAGCAAACGAAGUCUCCCAGUCAAGUCAAUAGCUUGACUGGUCCUUUAACUAAGCAAGCUGUGGAAAUGCUGUAUGAUAUUCAAAGGCAUAGCCCCGCUAGUAAGCUACCUGAAAAUGGGGAACUGCCACUACCCCGUACGCCUUCAGGUGCUAGUGAUAGACAUUCAGAUGAUACUUUUGAUAUAAGGACUCCAACCUGUAAAAGGUAUGGUGAAGAUAGUACAACACCAAGGAUCAUGGUUCCUCCAGCUACUCCUGAUCUGCCGGCUUGUAGCCCAGCAAGUGAAACGGGUAGUGAAAACAGCGUUAGCAUGGCUGCCCACACUUUGAUGAUACUUUCACGCGCUGCUAUUUCAAGGACUAGUACAGCUACUCCACUGAAGGACAAUACUCAACAGUUUAAGUCUAUAAGAAGUGCAACUAAAAAAAGAAAGCAGGAAGACUCUGUGGAUUGUGAAAAGAAUUCCCGGACUACCAGUAAAAAGGAUGUUCAGAAUUUUGCAUUGCCCAUUAAAAAAAAGAAAAUAAAGCAAAAGAAAUUACCAAUUGCCUUUCCUGCAGAAAUGGAUGUGGAUAAAUUUUUAUUAUCAUUGCAUUAUGAUGAAUAAAUGCCAGCUAUAUUCAAGCACAGAUGUUCUUCAACACAAUGAAGAGAACAAGUUUAAGAUUAUAUUGCGUAAUCCAUCAAAAUUCAACUUCUGAAACAAAAAUCAUCCUGGAUCUAAAGAACUUGAUAGGUGUUUUCUAAGUGAGCCUUUAAAAGUUCUAUGUUAAAUUUAUAGUUUAUUUUGUCAUGUAAUUAUUGUACAGAUUUUCAAGUUGUAAAAGAACAAAAUGCUACUUUUAUUAACACCAGGUGUUGACUAUGUUCUUCUAGAAUUGUUUUAACAGGGUUUCAUGGUGUCAGACACCUCUUAUCCUAAAGACGCCUAGAACCAAGACUGCUGAAUUGUUCUCUGUUUUUGGAUUGUGUGCCUAGGAUUGGACCCCAUGGUUUAAUCAAAUCAACUUCAUACAGAUGGAUUUGGAUGAAUUUACUGUAUAUACUUACAGAUAAUCUGAGAAUUUACAGUAGGCAUCAAAAAAAGCAGCCCCUCAAAAAUUGGGUUCAGCUUAUCCAUGGUGGGCUUAUCUUUGAGUAUAUACUGUAAUGCUU